AUGAACUCGAAUCCCUUUUCAAACAUUGUCAAGUUUUACUUACCUGAAAACGAACGGCGCGAACUCAACCAAGCUUUGAACCCUAAAGCCGAAGUAUUCACAGAACAAGAUUUCGUGCAACUCAACAAGGAGCUUGUUUUUAUCAGUGAGUUAGGAAAUAAGAGAAGUGCUGUGUUUUUGGGAAAUCCACAAUCUGGAAAAACAAGUAUUAUCAGCCAGUUGAUAUCCAUCAUUAACCCAACCCAACAGCCUGUAACGAAGAAUCAUAAAGAGCUAGACAAGAAAUAUGGAGUUGGUACUGUGGAGAAGUAUAAUUAUCGUAUCGAUUCAAGCUCUUUGUGUCACGACGGCUUGAACCUUAUAGAUUCGAGAGGAGUAUUCGAAAAGAAGUUAAAUGAAACUGAUGACGCCUUUCAACAAACACGACAAGAUAUUCUACAUCACAGGCCGAACAUGAUUGUGGUUGUAUUGCAAGUCCAAAACGUCAAACAAAACUCACAACACUGUAUUGAGAGAGAGCUACUCGUGUUGAAAGAAGCUGCUAAAUUGCGUACAGAGUUGAUCCAUCAGAUGAAAACAACGAAACUUCCUGCAGGCAAGGAGCCUAUUCUUCCCAUACAUGUAGUUGUGAACUUUAUCGAUGAAUAUGAUGACGAAUAUCAAAAGUUUUGUCAACAAAUUGAGCGUGAGGCAGAUCGGUACAAGUUAGUCGAGUAUCAUCAACAGUUGGCUGAGGUCAAAUCAGCAUUGGAGCUUGCAAAGGCAGAUCAAGAGGACGCGGAAAAAUCCUUAAAAUCUAUAGAGAUGGAGGAAAAAUUGUUGGAUGAAAAAUUCAAAAAAGUAGCACAACUCAUUGAAACAGCUGAAAGAGAAUUACAACAACUUAAAUCGACAGAAUUCAAUGAACAUUCAAAGACAUGGGCUUUACAGAACGAUCGACAACCAUCGGCUCCUCCUUUGAAUCUCUUGCACGAAAACACUUCAACAGUGCAAGAAUCAAACAACUCCACUCCAACUGUGAAGGCAACAUAUUCGUUUAGUUCUCUAUUUGGAAUUUUUUCUGGAGUAUUUAAAAGGAGUACUUCUCAAGAAGCUCAAACCAUACCUCCUCGCUUGAAUGGAAAAUUAGAACUCUAUGCACAAAAAUUACAACUUAAGAAUCAAUAUUGUCAUGAACGAAACGAGAUUGAAAUUAAUCGAUAUCAACUCAAUAAGCAGAAAAUCGAACACCAAACAAAACUCUCUCUUGUCAAAGAUGAGAUUGUGCGUUAUCAGGAAUAUUACAAUGAUAUGCAAAACGUUGACAAUGCUGCGCAGCAAGCAUAUAAGACUGCAUAUGACAAGUUGCAUCUUGAACAAGAAGCUCAUCUAAGCGUCAUUAGAGAUGAUUUUCAACGAAAUACAACUUUUAAAAAGCUUCUUUAUGAAAGUGGGAUUUUGAAUGAGAAAGGAGGCUCUAUGAACCAACAUGUAUACUUUCAUUUCACGUGUGCGAAAAAGGAUGAAUGUAAUAUCAAGCACAAAUCUCUUCUUUUACAUUGGGGGUUGAAAGAGCUUGCAGAUAGCAUUCAAACAUGCGAAAUUACCAAUUUUGAACGAGUGACAGAGGUUACAGUUAACCUGAGAAAAAUUAUGGCUGGAAAAAUUAUUGACAAAUUUGUUGAGGUUGCUGAAAAGAAGGCAAAAUUAAUGGAGACUGGUGGUGCUGACGACAAUGAUUAUCCUCCAAUAUUCUGGAGACUCCUUAUUAGAACUCUCUCAAUGAUUGGUGAUCAGAGAUAUCCCACUCGAACCUUUGAAAAUGCAUGGAAAAUUAUUAGUGAAGGAGAAGAAGUGAAAACAGCGGCCUGGUAUUAUGACAUGUCUAAAAUGGCUUACAAAUUUGGUUUCAUUGUUCGACCUAUUAUUCCAUUGGGAAAUUGGUGUAACAGGAAAGCUCGUGAAAAGAUUCCAUUAGUUGGUGCAUGGGCAACCAAUUUUUAUUUGGGAGCCAGAGGAUCUGAAUACGUUAUUGGAGCCGGUUCAAGUAAGAGAAAAUUAUUGUUCCCUGACCUUAAUUCUUCUUCAAAAGAAGGUUCGAGUAGUGCCUGUCAUGAGUGCACCAUUCCAGCAGAAACACCAAAUGUGAAGCGUAAUAAGAAAUAA